AUGGCGGUGCAGUUGUACAAGCCUGGUACAACUGGUGGUGGCAGCUCAAGAUUUAUCAGCUGUCUGUGGUUGUUCGUCAAGAUGUCCAGCAGGAUUCCUCUGCUGUUUGUACUUGCAUUUUCCCCUUCCAGGGUUGAAAAUGCUCUGAAUUGUAAGAAGCGAGCUCUGAGAUGCCUGCUGGAGUGGAUGAUGAAAAACAGCAAAGAGCUCAUGAAGGCAGAUUCAGAACUGGACGUCCAAAGGCAUUUGAGAUUAACAACUCAGAGGACAGAGGAAUGGCGCCGGCAGGCAGUGUCCCCCUGGGAGGAAGGCGAGCUGGGGCUGCAGCAUGCAGCCCUUCCCGCGUUCCCAGAGCCCCUGAGCCCCUGCCCGGGGCCGGAGCCUCCUCCGGGACACCUCCGGGACAGGUCCCGGCCACCUCCGGCGCUCUUUGGCAGGGGCCGGCGGGCGGAGACACGGACAUGGUGCAGUGUAGAAUGCGCAGUGUACCCGGGGUUCAACACACACAUUCCUUUCCCUGCCUUAGCAAGCAAGGGGCACAGGUUUGCACGGGCCGCGGCCGCCUCCCUCCAGCUGAUUGCAGCGGGACUCGCUGCUGCCAGGGAAGCACCUGGAAAUGCUGAGCUGCCACAGUUGCAUUGUGCUGUUACCCGAGGAGCGGAGGCGUCGCCCAGAGUCUCACUGCUGACGCUGAGCCGUGGGGCCCCGGUGAGUGAUCCCCCAUUCCCCGGGGGGCUCUGGGCAGCCUGCGCGCUGCGGGCUCGCACCACGCUGCUCUGCAAGCACUGCUGGGUGCGGGCACUGCUGCGGGCAGCCAGCACACAGACCCUCGGCUUUAUUUCGUGGAGAACCCACACUGCCCUUGAAAACUGCAGGUUUAGGGAGUUUAUUUCCGUUUAUUUUAUUUGGCAUAUAAAAGUAUUUAAAACAAAAAAAGGAGAGCUAGAAACCACGGAGGCUUCCCAACUGGCCCUGGCUAGGCACGAGCGGCCCCCGCUCCCCGCCCCCCUUCUGCAGCCGAAUCCCGCCACGUUCCGCCCGGGAGCUUUUCGCGCCACAGGGCCAGGCCCUUGCAGCUCCACAAAGCCUACACCGCGAACAGAAAAAGAAAAAGGGGACCUCCGCAGUGGCCCCUUCGGGGACAUCGCGGGAGAGCUGACGAGCUCCUUAGCAGAGGCGGCCGGGCGGGCGCAGGGGAGCCCACCGGGUGCCGGACCCCGCGGGGUGUGCGCUGCAUCUGCCAGGACGCGGGCGGCAACGCGGGAAAGGCGCCGCCGGCCCCGCCCCCCGCGGUCCCUCCGCUUUGGCGCGAACCUUCAGUUCCAGCGCUCGCCGCCGCCG